GGCUCGGCUCGGCGCUGCCCGCCCUGUGGGUGUGUUUAAGGCAAAUGGGCCUCUGCAUCCACCUGCUAGCGCCCUGCCUCCCUCCAGUCAGGAGCGCCCAACUUUCCUGAGGAGCACACGCUGCGUGCCUGGACCUCUCUACACCACGGGGACUUUGUUUCCAACUGCUUUUUUUCUCCCCCACGAGAUGUUGAUUGUGGUCGCGCGACGACUGUAUCUCCUCGCCUCGCGGUCUCGCACAAGAUUGAACUAGAGAAACAUUGUGUGUCUUUUUAACUGUCAUUUUCUUAUUGUGCACUGACAACUCCGGGGCCAAUAACCGCGCAGUGUGCACAGGUACACAGACUGCCCUCCUGAGCAGCACCGGGAUUUUCUAUUGCUAUUAUUAUUAUUAUUAACUUGGAGACGAAAGUGAGCGAUCUGUUGGAAUUGGUUUGUUCAAUGACUUGCGAGGUUGGAUCUGAACUUCUAUUCGGAAAGCUGUAACAGUAAGAUUUUUAAAAACCCCUCUCUGUGUGCUGCUGGAGGUUGGUUGACCAUGCAGCUGGACGGUCUGUGGACGGUCCACGCCCUCCUGGCACUGUCCAGCUUCGCUCUCGGGAACCCAGUGAUCAAUGAGCCACUGGCCGCACCCCGCGUCUUCAUCUCCUUCAAAGAGCUGAGAUCCACUGGUACUGCUCAUCACUUUGCCUUCCUGCUCAACACGUCUGACUACCGGAUCCUGCGUAUGGAUGAGGACCAUGACCGCAUGUAUGUUGGCAGCAAGGACCACAUCCUGUCCCUGGACCUUCAUGACAUCAACAAGGACCCGCAUAUCAUCCACUGGCCAGUGUCCGAACGAAGACGGAUGGAGUGCCUUGUGAGUGGGAAGGACGCCAAUGAGGAGUGUGCAAACUUCAUCCGUCUGAUUGAACCAUGGAACCGGACCCAGCUGUAUGUCUGUGGGACAGGAGCUUACAAUCCAGUCUGUACCUUUGUCAACCGGGGACGCAAACCUCAGACGUCCAUGUAUCUGCAGAUGGCCCAGGCCAGAGGAAGGGCUAGCCGCGCAGCUGAAGCCAGCGCGGUGCACGAGACACUUGGACUAAAGGAAGAAAUCUUCCAUUUGGAGCCGGGCAAAGUGGAAUCUGGGAAGGGAAAGUGCUCCUACGACCCGAAUCUCAACAGCGUGUCAGCUUUGAUCAAUGGUGAACUGUAUGCUGGGGUCUACGUUGACUUUAUGGGAACAGACUCUGCCAUUUUCCGUACUUUGGGGACAAAGACUGCCAUGCGAACAGAUCAGUAUAACUCCAGAUGGUUAAAUGACCCUACUUUCAUCCAUGUACACCUCAUCCCCGACAGUGCAGAGAGAAAUGAUGACAAGCUGUAUUUCUUCUUCCGGGAGAAGUCCUCUGAGAUGGGCCAGACUCCUGUGACCCAGUCCCGUAUAGGACGCAUCUGUCUGAACGAUGAUGGAGGCCACUGCUGUCUGGUGAACAAGUGGAGCACCUUUCUGAAGGCCAGACUCAUCUGCUCGGUGCCGGGGGCCGACGGCAUGGAGACGCACUUCGAUGAGCUCCGAGACGUUUAUAUACAGCCAACGCAGGACACAAAAAACCCUGUGAUAUAUGGCGUCUUCUCCGUCUCAGGCUCUGUCUUUAAAGGCUCAGCAGUUUGUGUCUACUCCAUGGCUGACAUCCGCAUGGUCUUCAACGGACCCUUCGCCCACAAGGAGGGUCCCAAUUACCAGUGGGUGGCCUACACUGGGAAGAUCCCCUACCCUCGACCCGGCACGUGCCCUGGAGGCACGUUCACCCCCAACAUGAAGUCCACUAAGGACUAUCCAGAUGAAGUGAUUAACUUCAUGAGGAAUCACCCUGCCAUGUACAAUGCCAUCUACCCAGUACACAAGCGCCCCCUGGUGGUUCGGACCAAUGUGGACUAUGAGUUCACCACCAUCACUGUGGACCAGGUGACAGCUGCAGAUGGCAACUAUGAAGUGCUCUUCUUAGGAACUGACAAGGGAACGGUUCAGAAAGUCAUCGUUCUGCCCAGAGAUGACCUGCAGACUGAGGAGCUGGUCCUUGAGGAGGUAGAGGUUUUCAAGGUCCCUACUCCAAUUACAACAAUGAAGAUCUCAUCCAAAAGACAACAGCUGUAUGUGUCGUCUGCAAUAGGGCUGACCCAGCUGGCCCUUCACCGGUGUGAUGUGUAUGGCGAGGCCUGUGCUGACUGCUGUCUGGCCAGAGACCCUUACUGUGCUUGGGAUGGCAAGUCCUGUUCCCGGUACUCCGCCUCGCAGAAGAGGUCUGACCCCUUUAGACGUAGCCGGAGGCAGGACGUCAAGUACGGGAACCCCAUCCGCCAAUGCCGAGGCUUCAACUCUAACGCCAAUAAGAACACACUGGAGAUGGUGCAGUAUGGGGUGGAGGGAAGCAGCACCUUCCUGGAGUGUCAGGCCCGCUCUCCACAUGCUGUCAUCAAAUGGCAUCUGCAGAGAGAUAACAGCGACCGCAGGAAAGAGAUGCGUUCUGAUGGUCGAAUUCUGAAGACAGAGCAAGGUCUACUGCUGCGGUCUCUGCAGCCCUCUGACUCUGGAAUGUACCAAUGUACAGCCACGGAGAAGAACUUUAAACACACGCUGGUCAAGCUGCAGUUGGUGGUGCUGUCGAGCCGGGCUGUCAACAACGUGUUGGUGGAGGGCGGGGGAGGACUGGUGCCGUCUUCUCUCCACUCCAGCAGCACCCAGUGGACCCCCAGUGCAGGCCAGUACAAGGACCUGCUGACCAUCCUGAGCCAGCCAGAGAUGAGCCUGAUCAAUCAGUACUGCCAGGACUACUGGCAGUUCGGAGACCCGCUGCUGGGCGCCCUCAAGGCCAAAGACCUGAAGGAGCUCAAGGAGCAGAAGAAGCCCCGCAACCGCCGGCAUCACGGGGAGGGGGAGGAGAAAGACGAGCAGGAGGAGGUAGAGACAUGAGGAGCCCAGCUUUGUGUCGGAAACACCCUCAACAACGCCCACCCCCCCACUCUGUGAAAACUGGGAGAGACUCAUUGAGAGUAGCAACGUGAAAAAAUCCACAAACCGAAAAAAAAGCAAACUGAGAAAAAAGAGGCUUACAAACAAACCCCACAUACAUCCUCACAAGCAGUAAGAUAUAUGAUACACAGUAUUUAUUGUAGGUUGUAUAUAGUAUCAUUCUGUGGAUUUCUUUGUACUUAUAGAAAAAACAUGCUCUUUGUGUAUAGGUACCUUUGGGGCAAAUAUUAUUAUUGAUGUUGUUAAUUUUAUUGUUGCUGUUACUGUCAUUACAAAACUCAUCUGUCAGCAUCAUAUGACCUUGGCGACUGUUUGGAAUGUUUUAUCAGGCAUGUAAGCUGUUGGGAGCGAACGACGAGGCGCUCCGACGGGGAAAUGAGUUGUUGAUGAGGGGUGAUGGGAUCUCUGUUGUUUCUUGCUUGCUUUGACUCGAUGCCAGGACUCUUUUUAAUUUCUGGACACUCCAGGACACGCCUGCGAUGCAAUGCCGUCAUGGCUGCACGCGGACAGAGACUUCAUAUUGCAAGGGGACCAUCGACACAUGGUCCCAGUUAUUGUGGGGAAACUAUCCUUUCUCCAUGGGAACCCAGACGUGCAGAUGACAUGAAAUAUUCUCACUGGUGUAAUUGGGCCAUUUAAUAAGAAACUGGUGCUUGCCCCCCUUCUAUUUCCUUCCUGAUUGAAGGUUUGAUUGUAAAAUGAUGCUGCAUCUUUGCUGCUUUUCAGGUCAGAUACUAAUUCUGAUUAUUUAAGUGCUCAACGUGCAGCUUCUUCUGGCCAUUAACUCAAGUUUACAGUAGAAAUAAACAAGGUAACACUUUCUAUGAAGCCCAUUUUUUUCAUGUAUGUUAAACACAUUCAUGUUAUAAUCUGCUUACUAUAAAAGGUAGUUACCCACUAUGAGCAUGACUCGUUUUAAAGCGAAUUGACUAAAGAAACAAGAGAUGCAAAGCUGUAAAAUUAAGUAGAAGAAGUCUGUCUGCAAUAACACAAUCUACUCUGAUGUAGGGGUUCUUGGAGUUUGGUGCAGAAUGAUAUGCAGGCUCAGCGAACCACCAAUCACAAUCAUUCUUGAUCAAUUCAAAUCCAUUCCAAACAACCAAAGUAAAACCUAAAUAUAAGCAAAGAACUGGAGGGGAGAAACAUAAAGGAGCUUCCUUUUUUUAGGUGAAACAACAUGCAUUGUUAAUAAUAUGAUUAAUUGUUUCAGAAAAGAGCUAUUUAAGUAAUCUGGUGAAAAAUGUCUAAUUUUUCAUAUACCUAAAUAUAUGUCAGACAAAAUUUCUCAUACUGUACAACUUUAAUUGUUCCAUAUUAUAAAGCAUUUUAUAAUGACUCUAAAGGUAAAGAAUCAUAUUACUUUAUAAUUGCUGGUCACUUACAGACAGUUUUUGCAAGGACCAUAGUGUACUAUAAUUGUCAGAGAUUAUAGGGAUAGGGUUGGGGGUUAAGCUAAUCCUAGAGCAUCAUAAGUAUAUUUAUGAUGCAUCAUAAACAUGGGCUUGCAAAACCAUGUCAGUGAGUAACAAUCAAAGUUUUAUGAUACUUGACCUUAUGAGUCAUUAUAAAAUAUGUUCUAAUGCACUACGAUUAUUUUUAUAAGGCAUUAUGAAAAUUAACUAGUGCUUAUACUGAGCUAUACACAGAUUAUAACACAAUGUUACUAUGUUUAUAAUGGUUUAUGGACAUUGGCUCUAUAGAAAGUGUUACUAAAAAUAGAUAGAUAUAAAAGAAGCAAGCAUCAGAUCAGUUUUUAUAAAAUAUAUAAGGAAAUGUAAUGGUUGGGUUCUUUUCAAAUGCAGACAUCUGUUGAACUGAGAUUGAGGUGCAAUAAAGGGUCAAGGUUUGCACAAAGGGCAUUAUUCUUUUACUUUCAGGGGACAUUGGCUGGGGCCAAAUGCAACAAGCACACUCGGGCAAGUUCUAGUUGACUUGUGUAAAAAAAAAAAAAAAACUGAAGAUGAAAGAGGUGCCCAGAUCAGGCAGCAGUUGUUCGCUCUGAGCACUCGAAACUUCUUUUGUUCUUUCUUCCUUUGACAUUCAUACGUGGAAAAAAAUAAUUGCCCAUAUACACAACAGAGCAUUGUAACAAUGUUGUGACACUAACCAAAAUAUUGGGAAGCUGGCUUUCAUUGUGUGCAUGAACCUGUAUUUGUACUGUAAUUCUGAUAAGAUACUGUGUGGUCGUUUUUUUGUUUUUUUUCUUCUGUUUUUCAUCUCUAGGGGUGUACAGUGUGGUCUCUGAGGGACAUUCUCAGUACAGGACAAUGGGGACAAAAAUGCUUUAAAGUUGCCCUGAUUUCAAAUAUACCCUGUAUGACACAUGAUGCAUCUUUUCAUUGACAUUAAUAUUGAUUUUUUUCCAAAUGUUAAGUGAAAUUUUCUUGGUUAUUGAUAGCACAUAAUGAGGGAAAGUAUCAUACAAUGUCAUAUUAAUUAAGGAGACAAAGGGGGUUUGAAUUUGUUAUAAAAGAUGAGUUCUAUUGAUUAGAAUGUUUAUGCUCUAUUACAAACAUACCUACACAUACAUAUACAGCAGCAAGUAAAAUUAAUAACAAUAUAUAACGGGGAAUAAAUCUGGAACAAGGUGCAUUAAUGUUGAUAUGAUUGUGAUAUUUCCAGGCUUUUAAUACACCUUGUUGCGGUUGUAUUCGGGCUGCCUUGAACGCCUCUGGGAGGAUGCAUCCAUAAUUCAUACAGAGGUAUCUGUAUCUGCUCCUCGAUACUGGAAUGUCUGUCUGCAUUCCCAGAAUCAAUCACAGCUCCUGAUCGUCUCCUCCACAUGACACCAGGGGCUAUACAGCAAAUAAAAAAAAAAAUGCAAAGAAAGGUUGUACAAUUUGUUGGUAUUUUUAAAAAUGUGUCUGUAGUUUUUGAGUGUUUUUUGUUUGUUUUGUAUUUUUGCAUCAUCAGACUUUAUGGAUAAAAAAAAGAAAGAAAAAAACUAAAUGCACAAAGGUGAUGUUCUUGUAAUGACUUGUGUAAAUUACUCUAUCUUCCCUUUCCAUUGUUGUUGCUGACUAAUAAAUUAAAGCUCUAUAUUUUAUAAGAAUGGAAUGCUCCCCCCCUUCAUUGUGAUUGGCUUGAUACUGGAUGUUUUCCAUGUUCUGCCCAGAACCCUCUGGAUCCUUGGAAUAAAGUUGUACCUGUUAAA